AUGUCCCUUGAAUUACCCCUAGUAUCGCGCAACGGCCGGCUUUUUGAUCCCAUCACUAGCACCAUUCCCCGCUUCCUCGAGAUGCUGGCCAAACCACACGUUCCGCCCAUACCAAUGAAGUCGUUUCAUCUCUCAUGUCUAGACCAAAAUGUAGUGCGCGUUUACAUACAGACUCUGUGUAUCUUUCCUUUUCCCGAUCAGAAUCUCGCCGAGGAUGCCAUACAGUCUCUGAGUGCUGGGCUCCGCCUCACACUCAACAAAUUUCCCUUUCUCGCUGGCACUCUCACACUUGCGGACCGAGAAGCGGGUAAGCUUGCUCUCCACUACCCAGCGGAGAUCACAAGCAAGCACCUGAGUCGUGUGUUUCGAUCGAAGCAAAUCCCGUACCAUGAGAAGAACUUCCCACACACCUACGAACAGCUCAAAAGAGAUGGCAUGCCACCUAGUGCUUUCGAGUCAUCGAUGUUUGUCCCAGAAGAUCUUGCCGAGUAUCCUGGUAUCCCAAAAGACGGCGAGGGCAAGGUAGACUUUGACAAGAGCGAUGCACCGGCAAUGAGAACUGAAGCCUUCUUCAUACCUGGCGGUCUUGUGCUCUCGAUGUAUAUGCAUCACAGUGUCUUUGACUUCUCCGGUGUUACUCUCUUUUGGCAAACAUUCGCCGAGAACGUUUCCAGCCUUUCGAAGCAGCAACUCUUCGAAGAACACAAGAUCAUGCACAUGGAGAGCGUCGCCGACAAGCAGUCUCAGAUGCGGAAAGCCGUUGACGAGCAAAUCAAGCCCCCACAGGGCAGCGCCAGCGCAGACUGCUACUGUGAUGGCCCACCCCGGUAUCUUCAAACCUUGCCUAAAGAGACGAAAUGUACCCAGAGGCUAUUCGUCAUUCCAGCAUCACGAGUACGCAAGUACAGGGAAACUUUACGCACCCAAUUCCCCGAGAAUACCCCUCCAACAAUGUGCAAUGUCCUUGCAGCCCUGGUCUGGACGCAUGUUACCCGCGCUAGAGCAAGUCGCUUGACCAAGUGCGGGUUGACAGAGACUAGCAUCGGGAUCGCGACGGACCUGCGAAGACGGCAACGACCUCCGGUAUCCACAGACUACACAGGAAACAUGGCGUUGUUCUCGCGAGGCACGAUGAACGUCUCAGACCUCACAAAAGAGGACCGUGUAACCAAGUCGACAAUCAUCAACGUCAUAAACACCAUCAAGAGCACGAUCCUCGACGUCGACGACGAAUGGGUGAACCGCCACCUAACCUUCUUCAAGUCAAUCGAGCAGAUUACCGACACCGAGGUUGCACUGGCCUUGAAGUUCGGCUCAGACAUCUACAUCUCGUCGUGGCUCAACUUCGGCGCUGAUAUCAGCUGGGGCAUACCUGGUACGGAUCUAGGCAAGGACUCCCUGGCCGGUCGACCCGAGUUCAUCAGACGAUCUUACGGUCCGGGUGAUGGCGGCAUGAUCUUCCUUCCCCGACGGAGACAAACUGCGAACCAAGAGGAGGCGCCGUUUGAGAUCCUCGUGCGACUUGCUGAAGAGGACAUGACGCGCGUGCUGGAAGAGGAGGGCGGAUUGAGCUCUUGGGCCGACGCGGUGAUUGAAUGA